GAUAACCCCCGCGCGCACACACACAAAUACACAAAAAUGUCUUUUGACUGUCCUGCCAAGAGGGAGGGUGGGGUUUGGAGCCUCCCUUUCCUAACCAAGUUCCGGACACUCCGCCUUUUUGGCCCCGGUGAUCAAGUUUCCGUUACCGAAUUCCUGGAACAGGCAUUCGCCGGUGGACGGAGCGGUCCGCCGGACCUCCAGCCUCUUAAUCGAGUCAAGAAAAGUCAAACCGGCGAAAAUGCUGACGCGGGGAAAAGUUUACAGCUGCCACGUCGAUGACGCUGACUUCAUGUGCGGACAUCUGGGAAGUUAUGGUGUGAAGGAGGAAAAGUGAGCCGUCAGCGCAACAGUUAGGCUGACUCAUGCUGUUUCAACACGACCGGAGGAGGUUUGAUGGCCGCCGCUUCCAUCUCUUGUCCCGCUCGGGACUGACUCACCGGCAGACAGGAGCACACUCAUCCACAGCUGUUUGCCCGCCUCUCGUCUGCAUUGCCCGGGGUCUGGAGCCGCCGCUGGGGCGAUCCAUCCCCUGUCAGGUGAAAGGCGUGGCUCUGGGCGGGUAGGCUUUGUUCCAGCUACACCUGAGUGAAGGAUCCAGUUACUUGAGACUGAGACUCCCGUGAACGCCUCUCCCAUACACCAGUAUCAAACGGACCCAUGUUCUCGGGGUCACGAGCUCUUUUCACGCGGACAUUGUGUGGACCGUAAUGACUCCUAGAGGUUUUAUCGGACCGGAUCGGACCUAACUUUUUUAGGGACCGAACUGGGAUCAUGGCGCUGUCUCAGAUCCAGUGUCUGGACGAUCACCACGUCAACUGGCGCGUGAGCGAGAGCAAGCCCGAGUUUUUCUACAGCGAGGACCAGCGUCUGGCGCUCGAGGCUCUCAUCAGCUCGGGCCAUGAUGCGUUCACGGACUACACCAGCAAGCACGGCGUCCGGGAGUUCCUCUCGGAGCUGGAGUUGGAGCGCAUUGUUCGCACGGCAGAGGCCUACCGGCCGGGGCACGAGCAUCACCAAAAACCGGAGCUGGCGGGACCCGCCGAGGAAGGAGCCGAUGACGGGGAGGUCUCGCUGGAGUACUGGCCGGACCGGUCCGAGGCCUCGGUGGUCGAGCUGGACCUGGGGUGGCCCGAUGCCAUCUCGUACCGGGGGGUCACGCGCGUGACCGUGCACACACAGCCUCCCGCUGACGGGCACACGCACAUCAAGGAGGUGGUGCGCAAGAACAUCGCAUUAGCCCAGAAGGUGAUAGCGGUGGUGAUGGACGCGUUCACAGACGUGGAUAUCUUUCGGGACCUGCUGGACGCAUCCUACAGACGGCGAAUCCCAGUGUACAUAAUCAUCGACCCCGCUGCGAUUCCCUGCUUUCUUUCCAUGUGUGGCAGAGCCAAUAUGCACCGCGGCCACCUAAAGAACCUGCGCGUGCGCUGCUGCGGAGGUGUGGAGUUCUUUACAAGAUCGGCACAGAAGGUGCGUGGAUCUCUAAGCCAGAAGUUUCUCCUGGUAGAUGGAGAUAGAGCCAUCUCUGGCUCAUACAGUUUCACCUGGUCCUCCUCCCGUUUGGACCGUAACCUCAUCACGGUCGUCACUGGCCAGGCAGUGGAGACCUUUGAUGUACACUUCCGCGACCUUUACCUCAUGUCCAGAAGCGUUUCACUCAAUAAGGUUUCCAUGGAAGAUGAACCAGCCCCUGACCCAGUUCCUCUGGUGGCACCAACUCCUGUUCCUGCUUCUGUUGCAAGAAAACUAAUUAACCCCAAGUAUGCUCUUGUGGCCUCGGGCACAAGCCCCACUUCCUCUGAUCAGAACUCCAGCAACAAAAACUCAAACUCUCAGAAUCCCACUGGGCUGAAAGUGAUGAAGGGACAUCUGAAGGAUGUUGUGGAAGAACCGCCCUUGCAUCCUGGCUUAGCCGAUCUGGAGAAAGCAUAUUUGAUCCCGUACCUGCCCACCUGGCCAGAACCGGAUCCUCCAAGUGAUGUGAUUGGCUUUAUCAAUAUCAGGGACGAAAAGAGAGCCCAUAAAGUUCACUUACAGAGGUCGGAGCGGUUUGAGGUCAGUCAGGCUAUCCGCUUUAGCUCACCACUGGCUCCACAAGCCCACACUGAGGAAUCCACUUCAAGUCAGCCUGUGGCAGAGGCUCAAAAACCUAAGGAGCAGUCUGGAAGUACAAGCCCAGAAGCCUUAAGCCCCAAAAGUUUACCCAACCAAACACUUAGUCCGCACACAGCUGAGAACAAAGACAGUACUGAUGCUACGGAUUCCCCUCAAACAUCCCACACUGCUCCAGUCCAGGAGCCCCAACAAACAAACGCACCCGCCUCCUCUUCCCCUUCCAAAGUUAUUGCUGAAGCAAGGACUGCUGCUGACAGCGCUCAACAAAUUUCUCAAGCACAAACUGCUGCUCCCCCUGUUCCUAAACGCCGUACCCUCCAGCUAGUCAUAGAUCCCACCUCUUCUGAGCAGCCUGAUAACACUCAGGUCACUCUAGUCAAAAUGGACCACAAGGAAAGUCUAAAAACGGCCUCAAAAGGGCAGACUCCGAGCCGCCUUCGCCUAACCUCCAGAGACAACGACUCCGGCAGCAACGAGGAGGGCAGCCAGGACAGUACCAAAGUCAUGUGCGACCGAGCCGUCAACGAUGACCCCUCCAGUGCGUCCACAGCGUCAGAGGAGGAACUCUCCGACUACUCACAGCUGCAGCAACACGACCCUCUGACCAACGGAGUGCACCAAGGAUCCAGCCGAGGCAACCAUCAAGGGGAUGGGCUCAACAUAAUGGCCCGCUUCUCUCAAAGCAUGCUGGACCUGCGGGAGCCCAGCCAAUCAGAGGACACGGCUUCUUUGAUUCGUCAGUCCCAGCAGCUGCGCCAGAUGGGGCACCGCUCCCCACACAGACACAUCGGACAGCUGUUCCAGACCUCCAGAUCUCCAGGUCGUGACGCCAGGCUCAAAGGACCCAAAGUAAUCAUUGCUAAACCUGGAAGUUUCCAUCGCCCCAGUCGAGCGGCCGUGCCCGUGAUCGGAGGGUACCGCUACUGGCAAGGCCAGACAGGGCAGUCCGAUUCAAGCCACCUGCAGGUGGAGGGCCGGUCCGGACGCUCCCCACGCCGACACAGCCCGGGCUACAGGAAGGCUGAGCAGAUAUCGCAGGAGCCCAACGCAGAGCCGCCGUCAGGCUUUUUUGGAAUGUCUCUCUCAAAACUUGGCAACUUUAGAAACUCAAGAGCUCGGGGAGGUGCUGCUCAGAAGAAAGUUUCUCAGAAUAAUAAAGCUGUCAGGUAGAACUGCCAGCGAGGAGGAGAUCUGUCUAACUUCUGUGUCAUUUCCAAAGUCUUACAUUCAAGAACUAUUUAUAAUCAUGGAUGUUAGAGUGUGCAAAAUUAACCUGAUACUGACGGAUCAGUUCGGCUUGUGUUUACAAAUGUCGACUAACUGGUUGACAAGGAACUGUUUGAUCGGAUAAUCCGAAUGAUCAGAUGUGGUUCUAUGUUUGAUGAGUUCUGGUUAUUCUUUAGACCCUGUAGUCCUUUCAACUUUAUGUACAACAAAUGUGUGUAGUUUACCUCAAUGGAUUUCCUCCUCUUCUUUCUACUGUGACAGGAGCAUCUGUCCAGCAGACUCAGAUCAAAUACAACUGAGUUUUGUAAGUAGUGUUAUAUCUAAUCAAGCUUUGUUACUGAAGGCAAACAUGAGUUUACUGAUGCAGAGAAGACUGUACUAGCAUUUCCAUGUGUUCAAUUACUAGGCAAUAAAAACAAAAAUGUUUCAAAUGUCAGAAUGUUUGACAUUAAUCAUUGUCACGGGACAAAAAGUGAAUGUUUUAAUAAAAUUACAGAAUGUUAA